AUGGCCAACUUUAAUAAAGUCUCUAGGGCCAAUGCCGUCUUGCAGCCAACAGCCCCGGCUACGAAAUACGGCAACAAUGGAAAGAAUAUAAGGUACCAUGAUGUCGAGAACUUAGGCGAACCAUUCAAUAAUUGCAGGCAGCGGGGCUAUGAACGGAACCAUAUCGCUCCGGCUCCGCCGGUUUUGGGAAGCGAAGUGAAUUACUUCGACAACUCAGCGUCUCCAAUGGUAAGUUCAGAUCCCGGGGCGAGGCAUUGGGGCGCGCGUAACUCCUAUGACUCCCAGUGGGAUAAUACGUACAAGAGCAGUGGGGCUAGGGCCGCAGCCACAGCUGUCUUCGAGCAAAUUGCAGCUGAGGAGCGAACAAGCGACGGUACUCAGGACAUGCAUGGAGAAGUGGCUACAGAGAAUUCAACCGAAUAUCAAUCAGACGGAUGUGCCGUGGUUGGACACUCCCGGAAGAUCCUUAGCAGCACCGAAGAGUAUGUAUGUAGGAGGUACUCCGUCUCAUCAAUCCCGAGACUGGAGGCUUAUGAUUAUUAUGAGACGCGGAAAAUUUCCCCCGAACGGGCCCCUCACUUCAGUGCAACAGCGGCACACUCAGAUGUGAGAAUGCGGAGCCCUAAACCGUCCGUUUCCAGCGGGGGGAAAUCCUCGGAUAGUAUGUUACAGAGAAGGGGUGAGGCGAGUACAUUUCCAAGGGUUGUGGCGAGGAAACUUGACCUGCAUGCCACUGAGGAGUGCCAAGGAUCGAGUGCUCACAAACAGCUGUCACCCAUGAACGCCUUCGAAGUAGCCAACAAGGCAGAGCGUCAGUCACAAGUGGGACCAACUUGUCCACCCGUUUUAACGCCCUGUCCCUCACAUAAUAUGCGUAGGUCUGUUGCCGAUGCAUCCACGAUGACCGAAGGUGUUUCUCGUGAGGCUGUCACUCGCGCGGUACACGGCAACAACUUGACAACGUUGCCUAACGGUCAUUAUGAUAAUGAAUAUUUCAACGUUGGGAGGGGAGGGCCGAGAUCAUCUGCCAACGAAUCUGUCGUCAGUCUUUCCACGGUCUCUAAUUCCACUUUGAAUCAGCGGCCAGAUUCAACUGCAUUUGGUGGGUAUAGGAACCCAGUGGGCCAACACAAUCAUUACGUAUCACCCAAGUUGUUCCAUAACUCAGCCACGCAAACGAUGGCUUCGAGUGCAAGGCCACCUCUGACACCGCGGUUUAAUGAAACACGUUCCCCACCAACAGCACCACCGUAUGCCGGAUGGGACAACAGUCCUGGUGGCAGUAUGGAUAGACCGGCACUAAACGGACGGCCAGCGAAUGAUGCGAUGAGGGUGCCAAGAGUUGGUGCAGCUCCUCAGGAAGUGUGGGCGGCAAAGUUAAGGCAAUUGGAUAAUGCAUACUUGACGAAUGGUAACGGCUGGGCCAUUCUUCAUGAGAUUCGACUGUUGCUGGAGGGGCGAAAUAGUCGCUAA